AAUUUCUCACUUGUUGACUGCGAACUGCGACUCAUAACAAAUCGCACGUGAACAGCAUUUCUGACAAUUUCGCGUUUUUGAGUUAUUUUCUCUAAGCGAACAAGAAUCAACCAUCAUGCGUGAGUGUAUCUCCGUCCACGUCGGCCAGGCGGGCUGUCAGAUCGGCAACGCGUGCUGGGAGCUGUACUGUCUGGAACACGGGAUCCAGCCUGACGGACAGAUGCCGAGCGACAAGACCCUCGGCGGUGGUGACGACUCCUUCAACACGUUCUUCAGCGAGACCGGGUCUGGCAAACACGUGCCCCGUGCCGUGUUCGUGGAUCUGGAGCCCACGGUUGUCGAUGAGGUCCGUACAGGCACCUAUCGACAGCUGUUCCAUCCCGAGCAGCUCAUAAGUGGUAAGGAGGAUGCUGCCAACAACUACGCCCGCGGCCACUACACUGUCGGGAAGGAGUUGAUAGACCAGGUCCUGGACCGCAUCCGUAAGCUGGCUGAUACCUGCACCGGUCUGCAGGGCUUCCUCAUCUUCCAUUCCUUCGGUGGUGGCACCGGCUCCGGCUUCACCUCCUUGUUGAUGGAACGUCUGUCCACUGACUACGGCAAGAAGUCCAAGCUGGAGUUUGCGAUCUACCCGGCCCCUCAGGUAUCCACUGCUGUGGUCGAGCCCUACAACUCCAUCCUGACCACCCACACUACCCUGGAGCACUCCGACUGCGCCUUCAUGGUCGACAACGAGGCUAUCUACGACAUCUGCCGCCGUAACCUGGACAUCGAUCGCCCGACCUACACCAACCUCAACCGUCUGAUUGGCCAGAUAGUCUCCUCCAUCACCGCCUCCCUCCGCUUCGAUGGUGCCCUGAACGUGGAUCUCACUGAGUUCCAGACCAAUCUGGUUCCCUACCCGCGUAUCCACUUUCCCCUGGCCACCUACGCCCCAGUCAUCUCUGCGGAGAAGGCCUACCACGAGCAGCUGACCGUUGCUGAGAUCACCAACCACUGCUUUGAGCCAGCCAACCAGAUGGUGAAGUGCGAUCCUCGUCACGGCAGGUACAUGGCUUGUUGCUUGCUGUUCCGUGGCGAUGUCGUACCCAAGGACGUCAACGCUGCCAUCGCCACUAUCAAGACCAGGCGCACCAUCCAGUUCGUGGACUGGUGCCCUACCGGCUUCAAGGUCGGCAUCAACUACCAGCCUCCCACCGUGGUGCCCGGUGGUGACCUGGCCAAGGUGCAGCGUGCCGUGUGCAUGUUGAGCAACACCACCGCCAUCGCUGAGGCCUGGGCCCGUCUGGAUCACAAGUUUGAUCUGAUGUACGCCAAACGUGCCUUCGUACACUGGUAUGUGGGUGAGGGUAUGGAGGAGGGAGAGUUCUCCGAGGCUCGUGAAGACCUUGCAGCUCUGGAGAAGGACUACGAGGAAGUUGGCGUCGACUCAGAAGAGGGAGAUGAAGAAGAGGGAGAGGAGUACUAGGGGCUUCUCCAAAUAAUUGUGCAUGUCAAUAGUAGCAUUAAGAAUAUGCUUUUGCUAUGAAGAUUUCUGUACCUGUCUAGCCAUUUAUAUCCUUCGGUAUCAUCAUCAUCAAUUACACCCUUUGGUAUAACACACCAGUUAAUUAGAUUCACUAGUAAUCAGAAAUGUUGAUGAGCUUGCUGUAAUGGCAAACCAUCAGUUAAGACUGAAAAUUUACUGUUACAUCAUACUGACAGCAUCUACUACAUUAAAUUUAGUAAUUUUGUAAAAGAACAAUAAUCCAGUGUCUAACAUUUCCUAACAUUUACACAUUAUGCAAAUUCCAAGUCAAUUUUCAGUAAAAAAAAAACAUAAUUUAUUAAGCAAAGGCAGGGAAGAAACUGACAGAAAAUGAUUGUUACUGUCUCAACAGUAAAAGUCAACAUAGACAGUAAAUGUUAAUGUCCUGACAGUUAAUGCCUACAGACAAACCAGUAAAUCCAAAUUAGUAAUGAUUUUCGAAAACUGUGCUUAAAGUAAAUUGAAUGUGUAAGACACUUCUGCAAAACUUUCUUCAUAUUAAGACUUAGAUCUAAGCAACAGU